GACGCGCGGUACUUCUCGUUUCAAACAUGGCGUCGGAGGGAGAGACGGCCGCUGCUGCCGUGGCUCAGCCGGAGGCUGGAGAUGGUGAGGUUGCAUUUGGGGAACUGCCAUCAAACAUGGAAACGGAAUCUUCCAACAGGAAAGAGGGGAUGGAUACCGGACAUGAAGGUUCAGAACCCACUGAUGCCCUCACUAGGUUAGGGGAUGAAGAGAGCGGAAGACAACUGGGGGAGGUAGAGCUGCAGUGUGCCCUGUGUAUGAAGUGGUUCACGGCAAACACAUUUGGCAUCGACACUGCGACCUGUCUUCCCUUUAUGACCAACUAUGUGUUCCACUGCAAUGUGUGCCAUCACAGCGGCAACACCUACUUCCUCAGGAAACAAGCAAACCUGAAGGAGAUGUGCCUCACAGCCCUCGCAAACUUAACCUGGCGGUCUAGGACCCAAGAGGAACACCCCAAGACCAUGUUUUCCAAAGACAAGGAUAUCAUCCCAUUUAUUGAUAAGUACUGGGAGUGCAUGACCACCCGUCAGAGACCGGGGAAACUGACUUGGCCCAAUAACAUAGUGAAGACAAUGAGUAAAGAGAGGGAUGUUUUUCUAGUGAAGGAACAUCCUGACCCUGGCAGCAAAGAUCCGGAGGAGGAGUACCCGAAGUUUGGCCUGCUGGACCAGGACCUGGGGAACAUUGGACCCUCAUACGACACACAGAAACAGACGGCCGCUGCUCCUACAGCUGGAGGACUGAACGGUGGAUCUACCUUCGCAGGUGCUUUGGCCCCAGGGCCAGGGAAGGGCAGAGGAGCCAAGCGUAAGCAGCAGCAGCAACAGGAAGGCACAGCGGCAGGAGCAGCAAAGAGAACACGCAGUGACCCUCUUUUCUCUGCCCAACGCCUGCCUCCCCAUGGUUACCCGCUAGAGCACCCCUUCAACAAGGAUGGUUACCGUUACAUCUUGGCAGAACCAGAUCCUCAUGCCCCAGACCCUGAGAAACUAGAACUGGACUGCUGGGCUGGCAAACCCAUACCUGGGGAUCUGUACCGGGCCUGUCUGUAUGAGAGGGUGCUGCUUGCCUUACAUGACAGAGCACCACAGUUAAAGAUCUCUGAUGACCGGCUCACGGUCACAGGGGAGAAGGGCUACUCCAUGGUCCGAGCCUCCCAUGGUGUACGCAAGGGUUCAUGGUACUUCGAGGUCUCUAUUGACGAGAUGCCUCCGGACACUGCAGCCAGGCUAGGCUGGUCCCAACCACUUGGCAACCUACAGGCUCCCCUGGGUUAUGACAAGUUCAGCUACUCGUGGCGCAGUAAGAAAGGCACACGGUUUCACCAGUCUUUUGGAAAGCAGUACUCUUCAGGCUAUGGCCAGGGAGAUACCCUGGGCUUCUUUAUAGAGCUGCCCGAUGGGACAGAGACCGCCAAGGCGCUACCUGAUACAUACAAGGACAAGGCACUAAUUAAGUUCAAGAGCUACCUUUACUUUGAGGAGAAGGACUAUGUGGACAAAGCAGAGAAAAGCCUCAAGAGUGUCAGCCCCAGCAAGAUGAUCUUCUACAAGAAUGGAGUGAGUCACGGCGUGGCUUUUGAAAAUCUCUUCGAGGGCAUUUACUUCCCCGCUAUCUCGCUCUACAAAAGCUGCACGGUAUCUGUUAAUUUUGGGCCACAUUUUAAAUACCCUCCCAAGGACAUUAAGUACCAGCCGAUAAGCGACAUGGGCUGGGGCGCUGUAAUCGAACAUACACUGGCUGAUAUGCUGUACCACGUGGAGACGGAUGUAGACGGGAGACGGAGUCCUCCGUGGGAAGGAUGAACACAAAGCAGUGCCUUGAACUUAUCAGGGACAGCCAGUCAUAACGUCAGCCUAGACCACCUCGUUGUACAUUUUAUGUGUAGUUCAUAAAAUAAAAAUCAAGAUUUGAGUCAAAAGUUA